GACGAUGAGCUGAAGUACAGCCUCAGGCGUCUGGUAGAAGGACUGGGAGCCACCCGGGAGGCCGCCCGCCCUGGCUUCUGCUUGGCCUUGGCGCAGGUUUUACAGGCUUUUGAGGAAAUUCCAAUGUGCAGUGUCCUGGAACAGAUAAAAGAAAAACACAAUCUGGAAAAAGUGAAAAAGAAACUUGUGAGAAAUGCUGCUUUUGGAAACUUUUUUGGAGUUAUGGCUCUGUUUCAAUCUGGCCGGCUUGUUAAGGACCAGAAAGCUCUGCUGGAGAGCAUCCAGCUUCUCCAGCAGCUGGCACAUCAUCAAGCACACCUCAGAGAUCUCCCUCGCAAAACUCUUAUUGAUAUCAUGUCUGAGGUUCCUGAAACUGUGUUUGAGGAGAUCCUCUUUGGCAUCUUGCAAAGUGACCUUGCUUCAGCCUUCACAUCUCCAGAGAACCUGCACCUUUUGCUUGUGGCCAUACAGAAAUUCCCUGGUGUUCUGAAACCUAAAAAUCUGAAGAAGCUCUUUGGCUCACCUACGGUUGUAAAUGAGGAAAAUAUUCCCAGACUUGUAGAGCUUCUGCAAAGUGCUGCCAAGUCUGAGAAGAAGGACAAGAAGUUGCCCGGUGUAGUGUUUGAUUUGCUACAAGUUUCACUGAAGGAAGGUGCCUUUGAACUGUUCUGGAAUGAAGGUGUGGAGAAUGGGCUACUGAAGGAGAAAUCGGGACCUGUGAGUUACAUGUGCUACCGGCUGCUGGGCAGUGCUUUCCCCUUGUUGUCUCUGGAUCAGCUACAGAUGGUUCUCAAAGGGAAGGUGAUGCAGCACUAUGGACAACACGUGGUAACGACUCAGCUUCCAGACAGAUUUAAGUUUGCUCCAGAGAUGGAAGGAUAUAUAGAUGAAUUUCUGAACAGCUGUGAUGACCCAGAGAGGCAGCUGGCAGUGGUGAUCGGCUUCUCUACUCUCACCAAUCAAGGCUAUCCAGUGUUCUCCAGCUCUUCCAGGGUAGUCAGACACCUGCAGCCAGUGGCAUUGCAAAAAUACGUUGACUGGCUCAAAGACAUGUUCCUCAGGCCAGACUUUGACUGUUGCUUAGACUUCUCAAGUAACCGGCAAAAACAGAACCAGGAGAAUGUAAAGACAACACAGCAUAAGAUUGCUCGAUUAAGAAAAUGGAUCAUCCACCGUCUUGCUAAUAUCAUUGAAAGUCCAGUGAAAAAAGAAGAGAGCCUUGUGAUGGACAUUUCCAGGUUUUGCUUCUUCCAUGCUUUCUUUGAGACUAAGAAAAAGACUUCCCAAAUACAAGAGGCAAAUGUCCUUCCAUCAGAGCCUCUAGAUGAACAGGCUCAUUCAGUGGCAGAAAAUUACUUCUUUGGUUUACUUCAGACUUUAAAUACCUUGGCUGUUUUGGGGGAUACAGCAAAGGCUGCAGCCUUGAGGGAGAAGCACAUCCAUGGUGUGACUGCAGAUGGGAAGCUGUGGAUCUUUCUCCUUGUUGAGUAUGCCAACAAGUUGCUCUCCAGUGAGCAUAUCACAUCUGUGAAGCCUUUUACCGAAGAACAGAGAGAUGCCUGGGAGAGAACGCUUCAGUCUGUGAAGAAUCUGCAGAAGAAGGAAAAUAAAUCAGACAGUGCCAAAGUCGUUGCUUUCCAGCAACUUCUGCUUUUAAUGGCCAUUCAUCUUUUCAAGAAUCCAUCUGAAACAAUGGAUGUUCUGAGUGACCUUCUGAACUGCACGGAGAGGGCAUUCAGCAAAGAACCUAAGAAGAAAAAGACUGACAACAUGGAGCCAGGAUGGGUUGAGGUGAUGGUAGAAAUCCUUCUCUCCCUCCUUGCCCAGCCCAGCCUACUCAUACGUCGGAUUUCCAAGAGCGUGUUUGUACGGAUAUGCCCUAACCUGACCAAGAGGGGCUUGCAGCUGAUCCUGGAUGUUCUUGACCCAUACCAAGAGCAAAAUGAAGAAAGUGCUGUUGUUGUGAUGGAAGAAUCUGACAAAAAGAUCAAAUCUGCACAGGACAUGGACGAGGAAGGAAGCGAGGACUCCUCAGAUGAAGGCGACACUGAGGAAGAGAAUGACAGUGGAGAUGAGGAAAAGAAUGAAGAAGUUGAUGAUGAUUUUCGCAGUCAGCUGAUGAAUGUUCUCCAAGCAGGGAAUGCAUUGGGAGGAGAUGAGAGUGACGAAGAGCUGGAUGAUGAGGCUAUGAUGGCUCUUGACAAGAACAUCUCAGCCCUUUUUGCGGAACAGCAGAAACGGAUCCAGGCGAAGAAGGAUGAGAAAGACAGGAUGCGGAAAGAGAAGAUCCUACAGAGGGAUUUCAAGAUUAAGGUGCUGGAUCUGAUUGAAGCGUUCCUGACUAAGCAAUCAGAGAACCCCUUGGUGUUCGACAUCAUCGAGCCCCUGCUUCGGGUGAUUGAACAAUGCAUGAGCUCAGACUCUGACAAGCAGGAGGUUGAAUUCCUCCAGAAAACAGCCAAUAUCUUCAAGAACUCAUUGUGCCGAACUAAGCAGUACUGCAAGAGAGUGGAUGCCCUGCAAGAAGAUUUGCACGCUUUUGUGGAGAGGCUUGUGAAGAAAGCCUGCAAGCACACUGACUCUUCAGUGGCUCUCUAUUAUUUCAGUGCUUCAUUAUACCUGCUCAAAGUGUUGAAAGGAAAUACGUCCGAUAAAUCAUCAACAACUCCUACCCCUUUGCCAGAGAAACAGAUCAACACCAUCCCGCAGGCUUGUCAGCUUUUGAGCACAGGUUGUUUGGAUAUGGAGAGGGUGUCUGUAAUAUAUCAGCAAGCAUUGACAAAAUUCUUGACUAAACGGAACAGUGCCCUUACAAGCUCCAUGUUCCAUGAUCUCUUCACACGCUUCCCGAUCAUGUGCAAGCCAUUAGUAGAUACUCUUGUCAAGUCUAUCACAGCGGGAGCCAGGCAACAUCAGCAGGUAAGAAGGAAAGCAAACAAACAAAGAUGUAUUAAAUAGUUGGAGAAGUCACUUAGUCAUGGC